UUGUCGAGGAAAAUCAAGUUACCUAACCUGGUUUGGAUGUCCACUACCACCUCACUUAUCGCUCAAUACCCAUCACUCAUCACUCAAUAAUCUAUUACUUACUACUUAAAAUAACCCAACUUUCUAAGUUGGCAUAUUUGCCACUUGUUUCCAUAUCUUCUGAUAAUUCAAAAAAUUUAACUUUUGUGGUAUCCACUGCCCGAGCACCAUGUCAAGGCUCACAUAUUCUUCCAAAACCCUCGACGAAGGAAAUCCAAGUUUGGACCUGCGGCGCCGAUCUCCACCGUCACCCAGCGGCGCCUACCUCGUGUCUAUCGUCACCCAGUUUGCAAGAUCUCCUCCGACGUGCAGCAGCGGCGCCGAUCAGUCAUCAUGGAAAAGAACUCUGACCCGAAGAAAAAAAGAGAAGGGAAACAGAACUUAAGUCCACCUGAAGAGUGAGCAAAAUUUGAGUGACAGCUAUGUAGUAGAGCUAUCGGCUAUGUUAGGGGAGUAAAAAGAUGGGAUUUCCCAGUAUGGGAGGAGUAAUUGCUUUGAUUUCAAGGUAUGGGUUCUUGAAGAUUGUGUGUCCAUAGCUGGAAUAAUGCUGGGUUAUGAGGCAUAAUGUGAGUUUCAUGUUACUGCACCAUUGGUAUCCAGACUUCUUGUGCUCCUGUCACCUCAUUUUGCACCAGGGUAGAUUUUGGUAUCAAAGAAAAAUGGGUAUCAAUUACUUUUUCUUAGUGCACUUGCAAUUUCUCAGGCUUAUCACACUUAGACAAUUUAUAUUCAACCUUAAGCAGGAUAUCAGGGCAUUGUUUCCUUCCUAUUUUAAUCCAUUCUAUGCUGGUUUUGGAACAGAGAUACUGAUGACUUCAGCUAUCUUAAGGUCGGAAUUCCUAAAGGAAAAAUCUUCAUUAUUAAUUCCAGGGGUGAGGUUGCUGUUAACCGUUGUGUUGACACCAGAUUGUAUAGCACACUUCAUGCUUUUGUUAAUGGCAUGUUUCCAUCAAUGUCCUCGUCUGACCAGGAGGAUAUUAGUUCGUGGAAUUACUGGAAAUUGCUGCCUACUGUAUCAAUAUAUGAAGGUGUCAGCCACAAUUUCUGCUUAAACCUCUGAUGAAUUUGGUGUUGCAAAUGCCAGUUCUGGAAUUAAACUGGUAAACUAUGAUUUAAGCUAUGCAUAAAUUCUAAAUAACUCAGGAUGGAAUUUAAAGAGCUAUCAUCAGAAGCGGACACCAUAAGUUGAAACUCUCUAAAAAAAAACAAGCCAAAAGAAACUCAUGCCAAAACUUGCAGCAACAAAACCCAAAAAAAUCCAUAGCAAAACCACCACCAUCGCAUCAUAAGCCACAACCACCCCAUAGCAAAUUCACUACCACAGAAAACCCUAAUUCAAUAAAACCCAUAGCAAACUAUAACCCACAACCAAUGCAAACCACCAUUCACAACCAUUAACAGCUAACCCAAACCAUCAGAUAGUGCAAAUCUAAAACAACACCCAUCAAAUUCAAACCUAAACCACAAAACCCACGCACCACCUCCUCAGGAGAGAGACUAUGAAAGAGUGAGUUAGAGAGAGGAGAGUAGUGCUUCAGGUUGGAGAGAGAGAGAGAGAGAAGUGGUUUUAGAGUAGUGUAGUCAAAGGUGAAAGGUGCGCCCCUAAUUAAAAUGCUAAGACCUUGUAUCAGUGCUAAGACCUUGUAUUGCUUGAAAAAGUGAGAAAAUGAGGGAAAAAGUUGAGGUUUUAAAAAGCUGCACAAAAUGCUAAAAGCUGAGCUUAUAAGCUGACGCCAAACAGAUAACUGAGUUACAAAAUGCUGAUUCUUAACCAAAAAGGGGGGAAAAUGGUUCUUUCUAACCUAUCUGUCUACAUCUGCAGAACAGUAACAACAGCAAUAGCGCCAGUAAAAAAAAGCACACAUAACAUAUGUACUUUUGAGAAUACAACACAAGACAAGCAAAUAAAUGGAUGUGUUUUUGAAUGAUGAACUUCUCACUGAGAUCCUGCUUUAGUUACCAGUGCUGUGUUUGUAUGAUUUUAGAAGAGUUUCAAAAAAGUGGCGUGAGAUUAUUUCUAGUUCUUAUUUUAAGGAACUUUUAAGGAAGAGAGACAAGAAGUUCGAAGAAA